AUGUCAUUUGACCAAGUUUAUAUUAAUAGAGAAUUGACUAAAAGUUAUGUUGCGUUUUCAUUAGCACUUGAUUACACAAAUAAUGAAAAUAUAUCAACUAGUAAAUGGGGUUGUGGAAUAUUUAUUGGGGAUUUUUAAUUAAAGUUUUUGAUUUAAUUACAUGCAUUCUCAAUGGCAUUGUAAAAAUAUGAAUAAAACAAAAUGUAAGACUCCAAAAAUAAGAGAGAAAGAAUUCUAAUUUUUAGUUCCUUUCAUAAUAAUUAGUUUGAUGAUUUAAUUUACUCUUAUGAAAAUGCCUUAAUGAAAAAAGUUUAAAAAUUUUGCAAAACAAUAAUUUAAGAGAUUGAAAACUUAAAACAAUAAAAUAAUAAUGGUCCUAAUUGA